AUGACAGUCUACGAUGGGAUUGCUGAGGCCAACGGUGAUGAUGAAUGCAGGGCUUGGCUGCGCAAGGUCAUCGACGCAAAAGAUGAUAUCGUGGCUUUUGUGGAUGGUGUCCUGGAUGGAGGUGGAGCCGGAGAGUUCAUUGGUUUCUUGAAGGGCUCAUUCAACCUGAGCCCCCGCAUCGGCUUCGGCGAUAGACGACAGAGCGCUCUUAUUCGGUUUGCAAAACCGGGACACACAACGUGGAGGGCCGAAAAGGUUACGAACGAGGUGCGGUUUAUAGAGUACCUCAGCCAACAUUCCACCAUUCCUCUCCCUCGUGUACUCAGCUGGGGUUUGACGGAGGAGAGCCCACAGCAGCUUGGGCCAUUUAUCAUUAUGGAUUUUAUCGAUGGAACGCGUUUAUCAACUAUCCUAAAGCAACCAACGACAGACGAUCAAGAGGACGUGAUUCUAAAUCCAGAUAUCGAUAGCCUAAUGCCCGAUACUAUUUAUAAUCAACUUGCUGAUUAUAUACUUCAAAUUUCUCGGCUUGAUUUUACCCGUAUCAGAGCUAUCUCAAAGGACCACGCUUUAAAUACAUGGUCUGCUACCCUAUCGAUCAAUUUCGUACUACGCCGCUUGACCGUGCAAGCGUUUAGGUCAGUUGCAAGCCAGCACCUAAUCCACCUUCAAACCCAGCGGAAUCUCGCCGACGAUGCAGAAGACGCUCAGAGGCGGUUUAUCGCCCGUCAUCGGUUUGCACAGCUUAUCCCAAAGUACUGUAUUAAUGACGCCGGUCCAUUCAAAAUCUUCUGCGACGAUAUGCAACCCUCGAAUAUGCUCGUCAACCCAGAAACCCUCCGUAUCACCGCCGUGCUUGAUUUUGAGUUUACAAACACUGUGCCAGCCCAUAUAGAAGAAUUCUUAGCCCGCUAUGUGCCUAAGUUAGAGCAGUUCCUGCGAGCGUUAGAGCGAAUAGAGGCGAAGUCAGCAUUAAUAGGGCAAUCCGAGGAGCCACGUCUUUCUUCCCGGAUGCGUGACUCAUGGAAGACUGGGCGGUUCUGGUUUAAUUAUGCGGCGAGGAAGAGCUUGGAUAUCGACGUCGUCUAUUGGAAUAUGUUAUAUAAAGACGAAGACGGUGCUGGGGUUGAGUUGCUUGACGACGAGACGCGUGCGGAGAUGGAGCCAUUUACGCGGAUGAAGAUGAUGCAACUAAAGGCAUAUAGGGAGGAGUGUGCUGCUCGCCUUUCUGAGAAAGAGUUCGAAUAA